AAGGAUUAGUCUUCAGAGAAAGAGGGAGACUCUCCUCAACUCACAAGAGCUGAACCCAUCAUGUGGGGUCCCAAGCUCUGUCUUUUGCUGCUUCUGGGGUCAUACUCAGUUGCCCAGCAAGAUGUGGAAAGAGUUGAAGAACACUCUCCAGUUUGCUUUUUGGCCAAAAGAUACGGACAUUUCAAGCGGUUUGUCUACAGCUACAAAGCUGAAACUUUUAACAGCGUAAACGGUGCAAGUGAUAACAAAAGCGGCCCCAGAGUCUCCUGCACAGUCGAGGUCGACGUACCCCAGACAUGUAGCUUCAUCCUUCGCACAACGGAGUGCUCUCUGAGCGAGAUCUCCGGAGUGGACGAUGGUGGGAACCCGGUGUACCGUGUUGCUGCUGAAGCGGAGGCUUUUAGAACUGCAAUGGCCAAGAACCCUUUGAGGGUCGCAGUGGAAAGACAGACUGAGGUCAAACUCUACCCUGAAGAUGAUGAGCCUGUAAACAUCCUGAACAUUAAGAGGGGAAUCGUCUCUGCUCUUAUGGUGCCCGAAAUGACAGAAGAGAAAAACCAAAAUGUGCCCACUGUUCAUGGAGUGUGCUCCACAGACAUUACUGUCAAUUCCAGAGAGGAGAUCCCCACUGAUGUGACGCUAAUCAGGGAUCUGUCCAAAUGCGACGGCUUCACCGCCCACAGACAACACACCAGUCCUCUGGCCCUCAUCUCUGGCAUGAACUACCCCUUAUCCAAAAUGAUCAGCAGUACCCAGACCUGUAACUACAAGUUUGACAACCAGAUGAAGCACAUGACCAGUGGAUCCUGCACGGAGAAACACGUCUUCCUGCCCUUCUCCCACAAGAAUGAGUACGGGAUUUCAGCAGUUGUCAGGCAGACUGUCACCCUAAGAGAAACUGAGCAGAUCAACGACAGAAUCUUUGACAUCAAUGAGGCCAGCCUCAGACACCUGUCGAUGGAAGUGGCUGAUGACAAGUCGCCGCUGCAGACCAAAGAUGCUGUGAUUGCCACAAUGCAGAAGCUCAACACCUUGUCCCAGACCGCUAAUGGCGAGGAGCGUGCCGGCCUCUUUCGCGAGCUGGUUUCAGAGCUCCGUGGUUUGAAGGCCGACCUCCUGCGCUCCGUCACCGAUGAAAUGAUGGACAUCUCCAGCUCACUGGCGUGGCAGGCUCUGAUUCAGUGUGGUACACCGGAAUGCACCAGCGCCAUCCUGAAAACUCUCAGGACCUACGACAGUGCUGCCAUGGAGGUCGAUGCUGUUGUUUACGCCAUGGGAAUGCUCCAACACCCCUCCCGCUUGAUGGUGAAAGAUUUGCUGGAAAUGGCUCAGUCCAAACAAAGCAAACCCAUCAUGUAUGCCCUCAGCAUUGCCACCAGGAAGUUAUUCAAGUCUGAAGGAGUCACCCCAGAGAUCAAUGAUGUCUAUGAGUUUGUGACCUCCAUUCUGGGGGCAGACUGUCCAGGAGAAAAAGAGCUGACUUUCCUGACCCUAAGGGUUGUUGGUAACAUGGGAGAUGCAAUGGAGUCUGUUGACCCUAAAAUCAAGACCACCCUUGUGAAGUGCAUGAGGCAACCUGCAACCACCCUGUCCGUGCAGCUCGCUGCCAUCCAGGCCUUCAGGCGCAUGUCUGUGAAUGAUGAGGUUCGAUCCAACCUCCAGCGGGUCAGUCAGUAUCCCAAGGGUGCGGUGCAAAAGCGCCUGGCAGCCUACCUGAUCCUGAUGAGGAAUCCACAGGACAGUGACAUUGAGGCAGUGACGAAGAUUCUCACACAGGAGCAAAACCCUCAAGUCAAGGCGUUUGUGUCCUCACACAUCUACAACAUCAUUUCCUCAAAUGAUCCAGACACCAAAAGCUUUGGUAAGAAAAUCUUGGACGCCAUGGAGGACACAGAUGUUGCCACACACUACGACUAUACCAUAAAAUCCAGAAACUACAAACUGGGUAUGGCACAUGAGAGCUUGCAGGCCAGCGUUCAGGGAAACGUAAUUUUUGAUCCAAGCAGUCGGCUGCCAAGGGAGGUCCUGUUAGAAACAACCCUGAAGGCUUUUGGCUACAGUUCUGAUAUCUGGGAGGUUGGUAUGGAGGGAAAAGGCUUUGAACCAACAAUUGAGGCUCUGUUUGGAGAGAAUGGUUUCUUCCCCGACACUGUGUCCAAAGCUCUGUACUGGGUAGAGGGAAAACUUCCACCAAAGGUCAAAGAAGUUCUCAAUAACUGGGUUGCCCCAUUGAAACCAGAGGGCCAAAAGGUUCCUGAAAAUCUGAUGAGAGAAAUUCUUCAAAACUUCAACAAGCUGGUUAAAGAUCUGCAAAGUCAGGAGUCCCCAGAGGCCAUGGCCUACCUGAGGAUCAUGGGAGCUGAGCUUGGCUUCAUCAAGGGCAGCGAUCUGAAGUCAGUUGCUGAGAUGUAUGCAAACAUUUUCCAGAAGAUCACUCCCAGCAAGGUUCUGGCGGCGCUGAUGUCUUCCACACAGAAUGACAUUUUUGCCCACUACAUCUUUAUGGACAACAAAUUCAUCAUGCCAACAGCUUCUGGCCUGCCUCUGGCAUUUGCUCUGUCUGGUACCUUUGCUCCUGGCGCCAAAGGACGUUUAAGCAUUGAUCCAAACAUGAAAACAGUGUCAUUUAGUCCCUCUUUUGGAGUUGAGUUCACGACUCAGAUGGGAGUCCACAUUCCAGAAUUUGUUGAGUCUGCUGUUGAGAUGCACACCACCGUGUACCAUGAGAGUGCCUUCAAAGCUAAGAUCACCAUGGAGCCAGACCAAUUCAAGCUAUCCAUCCCUGCUCCAGAAGGCACCAUGAAGCUCCUCAGAUUAAGCAACAAAGUGAUGAUUGUGGGAGCUGAACAGGCCACUCUGAUCCCACACAGACAGAGUGAGUCAAAGUGUAGGCCUGUAUUCACAGGAGUCAAAUAUUGCAUCAAAACACUUCUGCCUGAGGCUGGUGAGCGGAGCGAUGCUCCUUACUUCCCUGUAAAUGGAGAGACAACACUUGCUAUUGACAUUGAACCCACUGAAGAAGUGUCUGAGUACACGGCCACAGUUUCCUACAAACUCCUUAGUGAAGGAAAUGAGGGCCGGCAGAAGGUUGAUACCUUGAAGGUGAUCCUGAGAGCAGAAGGUGAUCAGCCUUCAGAAGCCAUGGCCACCAUGAAAUACAACAGGAACAGGAACACGUUCACCACUCAAAUCCAGAUUCCAGACUUUGAUGUUGAGAGCGGCAUUAAAAUUGGUGUAUUAGGGAACAGUGCAAGGGGCAAAUCCAUCAUCUUUGAGAUCUCCAACAAGAACGAGCCCCAGCUUUCGUUGAUUGGCCGUGCCAAACUUCAGGCCAUGGCUGAUGGCAUGCUGCAGGUGCAGCUAGUGGUUCCCUCACUUAAGACUGAUGCCACUCUCAGUGCCACUAUGAACAAAGCUGAAGGACUCACCCUGCAGUUGAAGAGUGACAUCAAACUCCCAGAAAUGGCUUCUGUUCAGACAGUCACCUUUAAAUAUGGGGAAGAACAGGCUGAGGUUCAGCUGAUGUCCAACAUGAAUGCUGACACUGAGGUUCCAGUGCAAUACUCCAAAGCUCUUCAGGCCUGGACCAAGACAUUUGCUGAGGAAAUCAUGAACCAUCAGGUGGUUAACACGGACAUGAAACUACGGCAAAUCCUGAACAAGGGACUUGAGGCUGGCAACAUCUGGCUUGACAAGAUCUCAACUGAUGUUCCUUACAUUAAGAAUCUGAGGAACAGUAUUUCCACAGUGGAAAUGCCAUCAAUGCCUGAAAACCUUUUCGUGAACCUUGAAAGCACACUGAAAUACAAGUUCAACCAGAACCGCUUCACCAUGACCAUCCCGCUGCCCCUCGGAGGCAAAUCGUCAAAGGAGCUGAGGAUACCUCAAGUGGUCACAUCCCCGCAAAUAUCCGUUCCUCAGCUGGGUAUGGAGCUUGCCCCUCAGGCAAUCCAAAUCCCAACUUUCACCAUACCCUCUGAGUAUGAUCUCACCUUGCCUCUGAUGGGAAUGGUGGAAAUUUCUACCAAGAUGGAAAGCAACUUUUAUCACUGGAAUGGAAAGGUUGGAGUAGGUAACAACACUGGCGAGUCCCCCAACUAUGUGGCCAACUUCAAGAUCAAGGCUGAGAGUCCAAUCAAAGUUCUCUCCUUCUCAACAGAAGGUUCAUACUCUAUCACAGACACAGAAGGCAAAACUAUUGAAGUCAUUCUGGAUGGAUCCUUGAAACACAUGCUCAUUGACACUGAGUUCAGUGUGCUGGAAAGCAUUGCUGUCACAGAAAACAUACUUGCAACCGGUCGCUACAACAUAAAGGCUGUCUCAUCAGUGGGUCUGGACACAUCUGCGACCGUCACCACCCAGUGCACCCUCGACUCCAGCGUACUCUUUGGUGAUCUUAAUGCUGAUGCCAGUGUGACUGUCGGGCCCAUGGUUGCCAGAUCAAACUAUCUUCACACCUUUUCUUUUGAGCCAGCAAAGAAAGAAGCAAAAAUGGAGAGCACGCUGAAUGUAAACUCUGAAAUAGUGAAGCUUUCAAACAAAGUUAAGGUAUCCUAUGAAAACGAUGAAUUUCUGUAUGAGUCCAACAUCAACAUGAACAGUGACCUAGUCAGACACACCACCAAGGUAGGCUUCAGCUACAAGGACACCAAGCUCACCUUCCAGUCAGAUUCUGUGACCAAUGCCGAAGGGGAGAAGAUGCUUCGUAGUCAGAUAGAGAUGUCUGCUGCUGGAGGACAGGCCACCCUCAGAAUUGAGAAUCAAGCUGAUGAUACAAGGAACCGUGUCUACUCUUUGCUUACUGGCUCUUUGAACCCCUCUGGGUUGGAAAUCAAUGCCGAUGCCUCCAUGAACAUCUUCUCAAGCAUUGCAUCUCACAAAGCCACCUUGACCCUAACCACAAAUGGGCUGACAACCAGCUGCACAACAACCGCCCACCACAGCCCGCUGACUUUUGAGAAUAUUUUCCACGGUGGAGUUGACACGUCUGGCGCCACCUUGUCUCUCACAACCAAAGGAGGCAUUAAAGACAACAAAGCUGAGCUCAACGUUGAGGGAAAUCUUGCAAAGACAGAGAUCUAUUUCAAUGGCAUGUUUAAGGCUAACCUCUUUGACCUGGACAGUAUGAACAGAGUGAACUUCAGACUGAAUGAAGAUGGCCUUGUUUUCUCUAACAACGUAGUUGGAUCUUUUGGUGAGCUGAAAACCGAAAACACCAAUUCAAUGUCUCUUUCACUGAGAUCUUUUACCCUCCAGUCCAAAACUAACAACUUCCUUGACAAGAGCAACUCCUACAUGCAUGACAUUUCAGUUAAUGUUGAGCCUUACAUUGCAUCCGUUAACGUGAAAAAUGACCUCAAGGUAUUGGCAAUUAGCUUUGUAAAUGAUGCACAAUUUAGCGCAAAGCCCUACAACAUAGAACUGAUCGGAACCCUGAAUGGAGUUUACUCAGAGGAGGAGCUCAAGCACACUUAUGAAUUCAAAUUUGUUGACACAGUCUUCUCUACAAAAACCAAUACCAUUGGAAAACUCCUGGGUUCUCAGAUUACCCAGACUACUGACAUGGAGGUUGCUGGUCUCAGCGUGAAGCUCAACAAUGUGGCCAACUUCAACUCCCCAACUAUUCGCCUGGACAACAAAAUAAAGACCACCGCUGAACCCUUUGUUCUCAACAUUGAUGCCAUUUUUAACUCAAAUGGUCAAGUCUAUUUUUUUGGAAAACAUAAUGGGGAGGUUUACAGCAAAUUUCUCCUUAAAGCAGAACCCACAUUGUUCACAGAGUCAUUUGAGUAUAGAGCCUCAACCACCCAUGAAAUGGAGUGCGGACAAACCAUCAAGACCAACGUGGACAACAAAUUUAACACCAACCUGAACCUCCAAAAGCAAAGUGUAACACUGAAGAUGACAACCAAAGUAAACGACCAUGCCUUUGAUGAAGAGAUGAAUGCAUAUAAUGAUGCCGAAAAAAUGGGUGUUGAAAUGAGAGGAGCAGUCUCAACCCCUUUGUUCAGCGAUGCCACCCAAGAUUACAUCAUUUCUGGAUUUGUGAAAUACGACAAGAACAGCGACAGCCACUUCAUCCAGAUUCCUUUUGUUGACCAUCUGCCUGCAGUCAUUGAAAAGAUGAAAGUCGCUCUGAUGGGUCUGAUGGACAGUAGCAUUGACAUGUGCAAAAACCUUGACUCAACAUAUGGGAUCAGUGUCUAUUUCAACAGCAAGGUUGCAGAACUUAAAGAAGUUGUGGACAAUUUUGACUUCAAUCUCUUUGUCCAAGAUGUGAAAAUGUUCAUCAAGCCAAUGGAGAAGUUCAUCACAAACCUCACAGUAAGGUUCCCAGCCAACAAAGUCAUCAGUUUCCUAAAAUCUAUCAAGGACAAAGUUGAGACCGCAAUCAAGAAUAGCAACAUUUCCAGCAGGUUGAAUGCAAUUUAUUCCAAGUUAGAAGAGUUUCUGUCCAACUACAAGGUUGAAAAAAUUGUUGGAGAACUCAUGGAUGAGGUAGUUAAAAUGAUGAAGCAGUAUCAAGUCAAGGAGAAGAUUCAGCAAAUAUUUGAUGCUUUCAAAAGCAUUGACAUCCAGCCAUUGGUGAAAAAAGUUAAGAUCCCUGUUCAGGAACUGCUGAAUGAGCUAUAUUCAUUUGACUUCAAACUGCUGAUGGAUGACAUAAGUGACUACCUCACAAGACUGAUCCAGAAAAUCAAAUCUUUUGAUUAUGACACCUUAACCAUGGAGCUCAAGGAGAAAGUGGCAGAGAUGAGUAUGAUCCCCUGUUUUGGAAAACUUUAUGGUGAGUUCAGAAUUACUUCUCCUCAUUACAAACUUAGUACCACUGCUGACAUGGAGAACGUAACAACCACAUCCGUCACGCCCGAGUUUAAAAUGAACCUCAAUUCAAGAGCUCAGUCUUCUUUGAAAAUCCUUGACUACACUGUGGAUGCCACGGCACAUUUUGCUUUGCCCAAAAUGAGGCACCUGUCCCUCUCUGAGAGUGUCGAUAUUGUCCAGUCAUCCUUUACUCUAAACCAUAAGGGAAUGAUGAACCUCUAUGGCCUGUCAGCCCAAGCUUCUGCCAACACCACAGCAAAAGUCAACACUGAGCUCUAUAAGGGAGAGCUGAUGAAUAAUGCAUUCUUGGCCAUGAGAAAUGGGUUUUUUGCCUCAGUGGAGUCCACUUGUCAACACAAUCUCAACAUGCCACCUCUCAGCAUAGUCAGUGAGGGGAUGAUAAAUCAAAAGACUGUCUUUGGGCUUGAAGCAGGCACAGCCCGUCUGACCUUAACCAAUGUGGCUCGAGAAAAAUAUUCCAUUCAAGACUUUUCUGAUGAGGCAACUCACAAGAGUGACAUGGAGGUGGUUAUGGAUCUCCACACAACCAAAUUGACCUUCAACAGUGACACAAACAGCAAGUUUCUGAAAUUGGAGGAAGAAAUUCUCCUUGAUGCAUGCGUUUUCCGCCAUGUCAUUGUUGAGGCCAAGAUUGAAACUGAAACGCCUUUUUUGAAGGACAGCGUUACAGAGGUGAAGCUUCAGGCUAAAGCGGAAGACAUGAGAAUUGACGUCACUGCCUCUCACAAAUCAAAGCUGGAGGGUCAGGUUGAAGGAAAGCUUUCAAGUUCUGUUCUUGCUUUAAUCAGACCUACAGAGGUUUCAUUUGACACCAAAAACAAGGGGAAUGCCAAGUUUGUUCUUCCAUUCCAGCUGUCAGGCAAAGUAAAUCUUCAGAAUGACAUGGCUUUCACUCUGAACUCCGAUGUACACCAAGCAAGCUGGACAGGACUGGCAAGAUUCAACCAGUACAAAUAUUCCCAUCUAUUCUCAAUGGAAAACCUUGAUAAAGAAGUUAACAUACUUUCCCAAAUCAACGCAGAAGCAGAUCUUGAAGUGCUGAAGAAAACUGUCACCAUUCCUGAAAUAACGUUGCCUCUUCUUGGCAUAAAGACGCCAACAGUGGAGAACUUUUCCCUGUGGGAAGAUGCUGGUUUAGGUUAUUUCCUAAUCACAACUCAGCAGACAUAUGAGAUGAAUUCCAACCUCAAGUACAUCAAAAAACCUUAUGCCUUAAUUAAUGUGGGUCCAGUCUUUCAGGGCAUUAACAGCAAUCUCAAGGUAUUACGCGAAAAAGUCAUUGUUGGCAAGGAAAAGUUUGCUACCACUCUUGGUUCAUCCUACGACAAAGCAAAGGUUCAGUAUGAAAAAUACAGUUCUAAGGUGCCAGAAACCAUUACGGUUCCUGCCUAUGAAGUCCCAGUGAUUGAUUUCGAGUUGUCUUCAUUCACAAUCCCCCUGCCUGUCCCCAAAACUGUAACGCUGUCUUCUCAGGAUGUCUCAUCUGCGCUCAGCAAAGUCAGAAUUCCAAAGAUUUCCUUACCCAUAAUUGAAACAAUCAAGAUUCCAAAACUGGGCGAUCUGAUUUAUGAGGGUUCCAUGAAGACUGCAGUUAUCAAUCUCCAAACCAGUGCCACUAUUUUUAACCAGGAAGACCUCUCCGCCAAAUUUGAUGCCUCCUCAUCCUCUCCAUUUUCUCUUUUGAUUGGAAAAAUUGAAGGCCAGACCAAUGUGAAGUUAGAAGAUGACAGCAUUAAAGUGGAUUCCAUCCUUUCUGUUGCACAUUCAGUCCUGGAGGGGAACCACAAGAGCAACAUUGACCUAAACUAUGACACUGUGCAAGCCUCUAUCACCAAUACAGGAAGGGUGAAUCUACCUUCCCAGACCUUGGAAAUCAACCAGGAAAUUACUGGAAAUCCAGUGCAGGGUCUUGUUGUCACCAUGUCCACGCCAACUGCAGGUCUCCUUGCUGUUCAGGUGCAAACCAAACGGCUCCCCCAAAUGAAAGCAAGAGUCUAUGGUCGCUAUCCGACUGACCUGACAAAGGAUGUUGAUAUCGUUGCCCUCAAGAUGUCAGUGAUGGACUCUGAGAAGCUGAACCUUCAGGGAACCUGGAAUAUGGAAAUGCCUUAUGAGAUGAUGCUAGGACUGAAGAAACAAGUCCCCUCAGGCAUGAACAUGCUGUCUGAUGCUGCUGUCAAAGCCUACAACAAAAUUAACAAGCAAUUCAGAAGCCUCAAAAACUAUUUAGAAAGAGCUAAGAAGCAGGGGAAAGUUUGGUUCAACAGUGCUAUUGAGAGCGUAAUGGCAUCAGAUGUUUCUGAUGUUAUGACCACUGUCACAGAUAGGACCAUUGUAAUUCUAAAAGAAUAUCAAAAAAGAGUUAAACUUUUCCUUAACGCUGCUGUGAAAUUCCUCAGAGAGACCAAGUUCCGGAUUCCAGGUUAUGAAGAGAAGCUCUCUGGACUAGAGGUUUACAAGGAGUUUAGUGCUUUUGUUGCUGGUGUAUCAGAAGAGGCUGUUGAAAGGAUCCCAGGGUACUUUACUAUCAUGUUUGCAGAUGUCCUCGAACAAUUCCAAGCUAUUGAAUUUGUCUUUCCUGGAUCUGACCGCAUCGUCAGUGGUAAAGAGCUUCUUGAUGACUUGUUGUUAGCUUUGAGGCAAAUCCAGGAGCAGAUAAUCAUUACAGUGAGGAAACUUGGAGACAUCUCACUUGAGGAUAUUUCGAAAAAAUUAUAUGCAUCUGUGCAGUUCACAGUUGCACAGAGUGAGAGGUUUCUUCAGUCUCUAAAAUCUCUCAGUGCAGAGAAUCUCUCCAGAUUUUUCAGCGAUCUGAUUAGUGAUGCAAUGAACUCCCAGAUUUUUGCCGAUGUUGCGCAGCAGCUAAAAGAAAUUCACAGAAUCAUUUUGGAAUAUUUUAAAGCUGUGUCUGAUAAAAUCUACAACAUUGUGGCGGACGUCUCCACUGAACAGCUAAGAUCUGACAUCCAGUCCUGGAUUGAUCUGUCUGUAAAACGCCUAAAUUCUUUCCACAACGACAUCAUCAGAGCUCUCAAAGAAACAACCAAGAAUGUUAAAAAGUAUGUGAAAGUGACUGACAGACAGAUAGAUGUGGACAUUCCCUUACCAUUGGCUGCCAGAUUCAACUAAAUGAUUUUGACUCUCAAAAAUACAACAUAGUGUUAAUCAAUUUCUUUGCAACCAACAACACAACCAUAAAUGCACCAAAAAGCUGAGCAAUUGACAGACAAUUACGGUACAUCCUUUUAUCUCUGUACCAUUACUCCAUGUAAUUUUGUUCAUUGUGUCACUGCAGACUAACAAUUCUUUUCACCCUCAUGUGUUUUCUUUAUGCCUUGUACUAUUUAAAAACCUCUCUGGGUUUCAAUAAAUACAAUUUUUACUGCACAGAA